UCGGAUCGUCGUACGUUCACUCUACACUGCUUGCAGGUACAAUUGGUGAAAACAUCCUGCUAUGGCCAGUGCUGGAAGCCUUGUGUGGGUGGGCUUCAUAGAGGCCCUUCCAGUGGUGGGCUCAGUAAAAGAGGCAGUGGAGUGGGUCUUGGCUGUGGCUGCAGAAGACUCAGCUCUGGCCAAGGAGAAACUGGACGUCAUCAAUGGGAGGCUUAGAAAAGCAUAUUCAAGGAGUUCUUCAGAGUCUUCUGGGAGUUCAUCAGGAUAUUCCUCUCAGAGCACAUCUGGCCACUCAACACCAGUUGCGAAGAAAUCAUCUGGUCUGACUGCAAUGCAUGUGGAAAGUGUUGCCGAAAUUAACCUGAUGGCCCACAUAAGAGAAGUAAUGGGCAAGCAUGACAAGAAGAAAGGGCAACCAUCAGCAAAACUACGGCCAGCUCGCGCAAAUCAAUUGCAAAAGGUUCAAGAAGAGACAGAGAGAAAGAUCCGUCUAGUCAACCAAAAUUUUGAGUUCAGUGCUCCUCUUGGUGAUGAUGGUAAGAGGUCCAGAAGGGGUGAGCAUGUCAUCAAUAAUGGUGUCAUUACAUUUUACCAAAAAGCUGUAGAUGACUUCAUGAACGAACCAACCAACCUUGGCAUAGAUGGUCCCCUUGAUAGAGACACAGCAAAUGCCAUUAUGAAUGAGUUAGUGGUACAUUUUGAUGAAGAUGAACUGUAUAUCAAUGCUAAUGCACUGAUAUAUGGUGAAUACUGUCGGGUAUUGAAGACAGCUCUUGGAGAAUUCCUGACAGUGCUUAGGCAGGGUGGCAGGCGCCAGGAAGACAAGGAUAAUGCACAAAAUAAUGUGACUCACAUUAUACAGCACAUGAAUACGGAAGAGGCUUAUGUAGAUCCGUUUGCUAGGGGAAAAUGGAUUGGAAAUAACAGUCGGAAACUAAGCCAAUUUGAAAGGAUCAAAGUUGAGGUUGUGACCAUGUUCACCAACUGGACUCAAUAUUUUGACAUUGUUAGAGAUAAACUUAAUUUCCCUGCUUAAGGCAGCUCUUAGGUUAACAGCAUGUAAUGAGUAGGGGGCUGUUAACAUGAGUAGGGAGGUGCUUAUAGUGUUAUUGCUAACCUUCAAUAGAAUUGUUUGGGCUGACUGUGCAGUAGGAAACUGUCUGGUAUAUCAUGGCCUGCAGCUGUAGUACUUACUUACUUACUUAUUUACUUACUUACUUACUUACUUACUAGGUCAGUGUAUGCAAAGGAUACAUUGCUACAUGUUCUUAUCAGAAAGGACCAUCAUAUUUGUGAUCAAACUUUUUUUUCCCAAUCAGCAGUUUCUCUUAUUGAGACAACACAAACCAGUUAAACUAUUACACAAAUAAUCACAAUUUUAGCUUUGUUUCUUUCACAUAAGCAUCAAGUAUGGGGAAACUAAAUUGUGUCUAUGAUCAGUGGCAUCAUGUUUAGGCGUCAAGUCAAAGGUGUCAUCCUUGAUUUUAAUCCAUUACAUUUUUUUUCAUUGAGUGAAAUUCUCCUCACAUUCCUCUAGCUGUCUGUCCAGUGUGUGAGGUCAAAGACCUCUGGUGUUUACGCACAGUCUUGGCUCUGUAAAUGAGAAAAUCAACAAAGUGUCUCGGACCGAGAAACAUUCCAGCCAAUAAACAACCAGGGGCGCUAAUGCUCCAGUGUUGCUUCAGUAGCACAUUAGAGUGGGCUGUAUUUCAUUGGCCCUUAAGUUCAAAUAGCAUCAGUCUUUUGCUAGCAUUAAAGACUAGACUUUUAAAUAGAGGCAGAUAUAGAUUGACAACCUGUAAACUGCAAGAACCUGAAAAGUCAUUCAAUACAUGUAAGAUAAGGAAUUAUAAUUUUUUCUUUGUUUUUUUACUUAUUUCUUUUUGAAUGUGUUCAUCAACUGUUGUGAUGUACUGCUAUCAAGCUCUGUUUGAAAAAUAAAGUUGUUAUAAAUGCUCAAAAUGCAGUGGUGUGGCUUGGUGAGAAAUGUAUAAAAUGUGCCUGAAUUAUAGAACUGGUCAAACCCUGUAGCAUGUGACAGAAUGUGCACCCACUAAUAAUAAUAAAAGAAAAUCAAUAAAGGAUUCAACGAUUACACAGAUUCAUAGUGCUUUGCACACAGUAGGACCCAUUUUACUGUGAUCACCUAUAUUUACAUCUCCACACUUUCUAUUCAGUGAGACUUUCUCUAUACCAAAGCAUCUUAAAGUUUGUACAGUGUGUUUAUACUCUUUAAAAUGUCUGGCCACUGAUGAAUUCGGAUUGCUCCACCUAAUCACACUUUUGUGUUAGCUUACGCGGGCACAUAGCAGCCUUGUGCUCUUCCCUACGAAGCCUUUCUCACAUGGACAAAGCAACAUGUAAGAUAUAUUAUUUGUGUUGCUUCCCUGGAGCCAGGGUCCGUGACAUUCACCGUAGACUCCCAAGCAUCCACGCCGGCUACACCAAGCAUCCACGCCGGCUACACCACCCUCAUGGAU